CAGAACACAGAAGUUUCCGAGCGCUGAAAUUAACGACCGAGAACCGGCGAUGGACUUCCAAGAAACCGAGGAAGCCGGCGGCUUGGACACAGGCACCGGAACCGGCGACGCAGUCAAUCUCCUCUCUAAGCUCCGCCUCACCAGCUUCUCCUCCGCCGCCGCGGCGGACGCCGUAGUCCCUUCCGUCGAUCAAUGCAACCCCUGCGGCGGAGCCAUGAAGAGACCCACGCCGUCGUCUUCCUCUCCCCUGCAGCCCAACUCCAAGAAAAUCACACUCCAUCCUUCCUCCGGCCACCGCCUCCGUGGGUUCACCAAGAUUCCUCUUCCGCCCUAUUCUCCGAUGGUCUGGGACUCCACCACCCCGCCGCCGCCGACUCUGCGGCGCUCCGCCUCCGACCCCAUCAACUCCCCCGGAAAUGAAAUUUCCGGGCCCGCGGGUUCUAUCUUGAACCCUUUCUCGCCGGAAAACGCCAAGAUUAAUAAUACUUCGGCAGUUACCCAGUCGCCGGCGAAGGCAACUUUCUCCCCGCAGGCUCUCCGGCGAUCCGUCUCGGACCCUAACUCCUCUGCCGACCGGAGGUACAAGAGAAUGAAGGAUCGCAUGAAAGAGAUGAACCAGUGGUGGACUGAAGUCCUGCGCGCAGAAGAAGAGGAAGAUGAAGAAGAUGGUGGCUCUGGAGUUGCAGUGGGCGGCGCCGCAAAGGAUGAAUCCGAGACAGAAAAUGAGGAAGCUGUGAGUGUGGAGAGAGCUGGGAAUUGCUUGAUCAUCCACAUCAAGUGUCCCUGUGGCAAGGGCUAUCAGAUUCUUCUCUCUGGGAGGAACUGUUACUACAAGUUGAUGUAGUUUGUUCAUGUUUUUCUGCGUAGCAGUUUCCACUUCUUUUUCGGGGAAAAUUCUCGGGUUUCAAAUUGUUUUCCUUCUCAUAUAUUCAUCUUCAUCCAGUUUUGGAUGAGACCUCACUCCAUUUUCCCCCCUUUUUCUUUUGGGUUUCUGUUCUUUUAAUGUCUCCUUCAAUUUGAUAGAAACCCCUCUUACAAGCACUGGCUGUAUCGCAUUUUCUUUUUCUUUCUGUGAUUGUAUUCGUUUGGCAUCAAUGGGAGUAAAAACAAUGAGGAAAGGAUUGAAUUCUUUUACAAGAUUUUGUACCUAUGUGUUAGACUUGCAGAUGAAUUCAAUUCAGUUACCUUUUCUUUUUGCCUUU